CCGGUCACCAUGAACAAGCCAUCUUUCAACCUGAUUUCUGAGAAAUGUGACAUUCUGUCCAUCCUCAACGAACAUCCCGAAAACCGAAUCUACCAGCGAAAAAUUCAGGAACUCAGCAAAAGGUUUACCUCAGUCAGGAAGACAAAAGGCGAUGGGAACUGCUUUUACCGAGCGUUGGGCUUUGCCUACUUGGAGUCUCUUCUUGGGAACGACAGAGAAAUUCUCAGGUUUAAAGAGCUGCUGCUGAAGACCCCAAGCGAUCUGGUAUCCGCAGGAUUUGAGGAGCCCAAGUUUCAGAGCUUCUUUGUAGCUUUUUUCAGUGCAGUCGAGAUGGUGGAGAAAGACAGCUCGGUUUCCAGCCUGUUGAAAGUGUUCAACGACCAGAGUUACUCUGACAGAAUCGUCCAGUUCCUCCGGCUUCUGACCGCGGCCUUUAUCAAGAACCGAGCAGAUUUCUUUCGCCAUUUUGUCAGUGAGGAGAUGGACGUCGGAGACUUCUGUGCUCAGGAAGUGGAGCCAAUGGCCACAGAAUGCGACCACGUUCAGAUCACGGCACUGUCUCAGGCUCUGAAUAUACCUCUUCAAGUUGAGUAUGUGGAUGAAGCGGACGGCGCCCUGAACCAUCACGUGUUUCCUGAGGCAGCCAGCCCAUCAGUUUACCUGCUUUACAAAGCGUCACACUACAACAUCCUUUACACGGCAGCCGGAGUGGAUUGAUGCAGGGGGUGAGGGUACCUA